UGUGCAGUAAACCCGGAUCAGGGUGUCGGGGAGGAUCGCUGUGAUAGUCGGAGAUCUCUGGGGAUAGAAGAUCGGAGAGGAUGAGGAUGGUGGAGAGGACACAGAGCCCCGGCCGCCGGUACUGAGGAGGACAGACACACACACAGACACCCCGAUCUACACUCCGAUCACCAUGAAGGACAGAUUGGAGCAGCUGAAGGCGACCCAAGAUACAGAUGACCCAGAAGAUGUUGACAUUUCCAUUGAUAAUGCAGCCUUUAUGGAUGACUUCUUUGCUGGGAUUGAGGAGAUACGACAGAACAUUGACAAGAUCUCAGAAAGUGUAGUUGAGACCAAGAAACUGCACAGCAUCAUCCUAUCGGCGCCUCUUCCUGAGCAGAAAACAAAGGAUGACCUGGAAAACCUAACCCUGGAGAUCAAGAAAGCGGCAAAUAACGUCCGGACGCGUUUAAAGGCAAUGGAGCAUAGUAUAGAACAAGAGGAAGGACAGUCUUCAGCAGACCUUCGAAUACGGAAGUCCCAGCACUCUGUCCUAUCACGGAAGUUUGUGGACGUCAUGACCAAGUACAAUGAGGCUCAGGUGGACUUCAGAGAGCGAAGUAAAGGGCGGAUCCAGAGGCAGCUGGAGAUCACUGGCAAAAACACGACAGAUGACGAAUUGGAGGAGAUGCUGGAAAGCGGAAAUCCCAACAUCUUCACUUCCGGGAUCAUUAACGAUUCGCAGAUUUCACGCCAAGCCUUGAGUGAAAUUGAAUCUCGUCAUCGGGACAUCGUACGGCUAGAGAGCAGCCUGAAGGAGCUCCAUGACAUGUUCAUGGAUAUCGCCAUGCUGGUUGAGAACCAGGGGGAGGUGACUGAUAACAUAGAGAUCAAUGUCAUGAAAUCAGUGGAACACGUAGAGAAAGCUCGAGAAGAGACAACCAAAGCAGUAAAAUACCAGAGCAAAGCACGCAAGAAAAUGAUCAUAAUUAUUGUGGUGGUAAUUAUCCUGCUAGCAAUUGUGGCGCUGAUCAUCGGCUUAUCCGUGGGACUGAAAAAGUGAGACUGGCACCCGGCUGUGCUGGGAAUACGCACGUCAUAACACUCCAUCCAUGAUGCCUUAUCCAGAUCCCAUCUACCUCCUCCAGCCCUCUCCUGUACUGUUGCCCAACUUUUCCUGUAAAAGAACUGGAACUCUGGUCCUGCAUUCUCUUCCUGACUGUGUGCACUACCUACCUACUCCUCAACACAAUUCUGUUACAAUGUUAAAGGCACAAGAAGGGACGAGACUAAUGUGUGCUAUUUUUUUUUUUUUUUUUUAAAGAUUUUUAAAUGUAUAUAAUAUGAAGAAGACGACUUAUAUUUGUAGAAUAAUCUCGAGUACGAGAAUCUAAACCUCCACCAAAACAGAACCUGGACUCCAACUCAUCCCCGUUCCUUACCAGACCUGUCCAGCCACAUGCUUAGGUGGGACUCUUUCUUCUGAGCGGCUCUUUAAAAAAUUAUAUAUAUAUUGUGCCAAAUAAGGACAAAUGGGAGGUAUAAAUAACUUUUUAAGGUUUAAUAAGCAGGCAACAUGGAUGUUAUUGUAAAAAGGGUGGUAACAAAUAGUAGUCAACAAAAUGCCAAAGGUUUUACUAAAUGGGAAGACAACUGCUUAUGUCAUGGGCAACUGGCCUUCCUUUACUGUUGGUGUUGAUCAUAUUGUGCCUUUCUUUUGGUCAGUUUUCCGGCGCAGGUUAAAAAAAAAAUGAAUCUGGUUGCUAUGAGCAAUUUGGGCAGCUCUUAUUUUGUACACCCAAUUGA